AUGCGACGCCUGGGCUCCGUCCAGCAGAAAAUGCCCUGUGUUUUUAUGACCGACGUGCGGGAAGGACCCUCCAAAAAACGGGACCACCAGCAAUUUCAGGUCCUUGCCACGGAAAACCUGAACCCUCUCGCUACCGAGUCUCACAUAGAUUGUGCGGUGGCCACUGAAAAACUGGAUGGAACCUGCUGCUAUGUUACACUUCACAGAGGUCAGCCUCAUCUCUGGGCCAGACUUGACAGGAAACCAAACAAGCAGGCUGAGAAGAGGUUUAAGAAGCACCUGCAUUGUCACAAGAGCUGUAAAGAUUUCACCUGGGAUGUGGCGGAGGAUUUUAAAGUGGUGCCUGAAACGUGGAUCCCUGCUCAUGGAGUCCAGCACCAUAACGGUCAACCCAUACCUGACAAAAAUGGACAUAUUCCAGGCUGGGUUCCAGUAGAGAACAACAACAAGCAGUACUGUUGGCACUCUUCCGUGGUGGAUUAUGUGACUGAGGCGGCUCUCGUGCUCAGGCCGAACGCCGACGAUGAAGAUUUGUUGGAAAUCGCAGCAGUCCCAUUGGCUGAUCUCCUGGAACAAACACUGGAGCUCAUCGGAACCAACGUCAAUGGAAACCCUUACGGAUUGGGGAGUAAGAAGCAGCCUGUCCACUGCCUGGUGCCACAUGGGAGCAUUCCUAUCAGAAACCCUCCACCUGUGGCCUUCCAGCACCUAUAUUCCUGGUUCCAGGAGAGUCCAGAGGGCCGGGUUGAGGGCAUCGUUUGGCACUGUAUGGAUGGCACUCUUAUUAAGGUUCAUCGUCAUCACCUGGGACUGCGGUGGCCAGACGGUGACACCUGUCUCGCCAACAGGCCAGUUGUAAUUCGCAUUGAUGGCACAGUGGACUCUUACAGCAACAGUGAGCAGCAAAGCUUGUUCAUGUCCUUUUUCACCUUAAAUGGACACUGUUUCAACCAGCUACAAGAUAUACAGUUUGAGCCAUAA